AUGGCAAUGGUGCAAUCUCCGAAGGCAGCAACAUCAUCAUCAUCGCCGUCGUUAAUUCUGACGUCCGCCCCUUUCCGUGGACGGAGACGGACGGUGGUUGCAGUAUCGGUGGCGGCAAGGGGGUCAUCGUCGUCUUCGUCCGGUGAUCAGAAAUCCAAGGAUGAUAGGUUGUUGCAGGAAAGUGGGGUCCACCGGACCAAGUUACGGGUCCCGGCAACAAUUGUUCCGUGGAAGAGUGGUAGCGGUGGUGGGGUCACGGCGGUGGUGGAUUCAGAAGUUGGGGGCAGGAGGGCCAUUUCAAUAAAGAGGGUGUUACAGGAUGAUGACCCCAAUACUGUUAGGGAGUUUUCACUGUCUGGUACUUGUCGGGGUGAUACCAUUUUUACCCAGUCGUGGACCCCAGCUUCUAUUAAAGUCAGAAACUAUUGCGUUGCCAUAUCUGGAAGGAAUAAUAUGGUCUGCACAGAUCGGUCUAAUAAUUCCCUGGAGAAGGACCGACCCCCAAGAAUUGUAUUACCCAAUGGCCGAUAUAGUGACUUUGCGAAAGAGCUGAAUGCUAAUGGGUUUAAGGUUUAUGGAAUGGAUUGGAUUGAGGCCAGAUCUGUGGUUUCUGAUUCAUUUCAAGGACAUGGUGGAAGUGAUGGGCUACAUGGAUAUGUUCAUUCUCUUGAUUAUGCUGUUGAUGAUUUGGUAUGUUUUGAUUUGUAUCCACAAGAUGCUGAUGGGGUUUAUGUUGCAUCCAAUGAAUCUAACUUUGCUCCAUUCCCAUCCAACAUUUUACAGAAAUCAUUUCUUGACAAGGUUUUAUUGGAAAAUCCUGGGCUUCCAUGUUUUUGCUUUGGGCACUCAACAGGUGCAGCCAUUGUUCUUAAGGCGAUGAUGGAUCCAAAAGUUGAAGCUCGCGUUUCAGGUGUGGUAUUGACUUCACCUGCGGUAGGAAUUCAGCCAUCCCAUCCUCUGAUUGUGCUACUAGCCCCGGUUAUCUCAUUUUUGCUGCCCACGUUCCAAAUGAACACUACAAAUAAGAAGGGCAUGCCAGUUUCUCGGGACCCAGAGGCAUUAGUGGCUAAGUAUUCAGACCCACUAGUCUACACCGGAUCUGUCAGGGUAAGGACUGGCUAUGAAAUUCUCCGAAUUACAAACUAUUUACAGCAGAACCUGAAAAGAUUGAGAGUUCCACUUCUUGUUCUUCAUGGCACUGCUGACACUGUAACUGACCCGGAUGCUUCUCGAAAACUGUAUGAAGAAGCCUCCUCAACUGACAAAACCAUCAAACUAUUGGAAGGGUUCUUACAUGAUCUCUUAUUCGAACCAGAACGGGAAGAAAUCAUGAAGGACAUAACUGAUUGGUUGAAUUGUAGAGUAUUAACGGUUAGGUAG